GAAUACAUUCCAUUCCAGGAUACAGUGAGGAAUUCCUCUUUUACUAUACCACAUGGUUUUUGGGCUUUCGGUCACAUGUCUUACACCAUGUCGCACUCCCUGUAUCUUGCUUGGCACACAAAAGGUUCAAUAAAUGGAAGCCACUGUAACUUUCUUGCAUUCCCAUCUGGGUCCGUAAGGCAGUUCUCAGGGGUGCGUAAUACUUAAUAUACAGUGUUAAUGUGUUUAACUCCCUCGGCUCCCAGUCCGAUUGGAAACACCUUUAAAAACCUAACGUUUUAGUUGGGAAGGAAGCUCUCACAGAUAACGUAAACACAUAAAAAGAUGUGUACACUGGGGUAAUAUGAAAAUGUCCUCUGUCUGAAAUGCGUGCAGGGAGGCUGAGAGGGGUGUCGCGGGAGGGCUUCACGGCCUAGUGGUGGCGGGGGUUUCGUGCCACGCCUUGGUCGGAAAGUCUGGAGGCGCACUGCUGUCCUUCACAGAGCCUUGUACUCUCCUUUGCGCAGGGCCACGUGCCGGCGUUUUAGUCUAAUCGCCGCUUCGGCCCACUAUAAACGAUUAAUAACCGCCUUCCCCGACUAGGCCUCUUUCCUCCAUCUUUGUGCGGACGGGAGGGGCGAAGACGCCAGGUGUAGCGGCCCGGCCGAAACACGGCAAGUUAACUCCAGACCCCUAACCCCGACAGUCAAGUUUUCAAAAAGCCCGCGCGUGGCGCCCCAGGCCGCAUCCGUUGGGAACGGCCCCCAGCACGUCCCCGGCUCGACCCCAGCUCCCCUUCCCACCCCGCGGCCAGCCCAGGACGGGACGAGGCGUGGGGGUGGCAAUAGAGCUCUGCAUACUACGGGCGCCGGGGCCAGCGCGCACCGGGGAGCGCGCCCGUCCAGCAGCUGCCGAAAACGGAAGUGGGUGCGGGCGGAUCGCCGUGAUUGGCUGAGCUGACAUGUCUCUCAAGGGGCUGGCGCGAACGCCACUGCGGAGUUUGGCGAGGGGAUACGGCUAGGGGAGGGGGAAAAUCACCGGGAACAGCCGCGGAGCUGGGGGCAAAUGAAUCGCAAAGGUUCGCUAAGUGCAGAGAGAGUCCCUAGUCAGGGCGCACUGAGGAUCCCGGGGGUGAAAGCAGGGCGGUAGAGGCGAUGGUGGGAGCAGCGCAGGCCGAGGGCUUGAAUAGACCGCGGAGGGCGGGGAGUCCGUGACCUAGAGCGGCGCGGCAGCGCGGUAGGCGGGACUAAUGAGAGCGAGGCGGGGAUUGGCGGGCAGCCCUGGGCUGUCGUACGUCCGCGGUGACGCACGCCUCGGCGAGGGUGCGCGCGCGUUCAGCGGCCUCUUUGUGUGGUGCCCAGAUAAGGGAGCGGAGGUGGCGGUAGCGGCGGCCUUGCUUGCUUUCAGGUCUCCUCGGCUCGCCCUCUAGCCGGCACCUUUCCCCUUCCCUUCCCCUUCCUCUCUUCCUCUUUCCCUUCCCUUCCCUUCUUCCCUUCCCCGUCGGUGACCGGCGGGGGCGGCUCCAGCGACGGCUGGGCCCAAGCUGUGAAGAAGCCUUAGCCAACGAUAACGGCGACGGCGAAACCUCGGAGCUCGCAGGGCGGGGGGAAGGCCCGGGCCGUGGAGAUGGAGAAUUCCCAGCUGUGUAAGCUGUUCAUCGGCGGCCUCAACGUGCAGACGAGUGAGUCGGGCCUGCGCGGCCACUUUGAAGCCUUUGGGACCCUGACGGACUGCGUGGUAGUGGUGAACCCCCAGACCAAGCGCUCCCGUUGUUUUGGCUUCGUGACCUACUCCAAUGUGGAGGAGGCCGAUGCCGCCAUGGCCGCCUCGCCCCAUGCCGUGGACGGCAACACGGUGGAGCUGAAGCGGGCGGUGUCCCGGGAGGAUUCGGCGCGGCCCGGUGCCCACGCCAAGGUGAAGAAGCUCUUUGUCGGGGGCCUUAAGGGAGACGUGGCCGAGGGCGACCUGAUAGAGCACUUCUCGCAGUUUGGCACCGUGGAAAAGGCCGAGAUUAUUGCCGACAAGCAGUCCGGCAAGAAGCGUGGUUUCGGCUUCGUGUAUUUUCAGAAUCACGACGCGGCAGACAAGGCCGCGGUGGUCAAGUUCCAUCCGAUCCAGGGCCAUCGCGUGGAGGUGAAGAAGGCUGUCCCUAAGGAGGAUAUCCACUCCGGUGGGGGCGGAGGCGGCUCCCGCUCCUCCCGGGGCGGCCGGGGCGGCCGGGGUCGGGGCGGUGGUCGUGACCAGAACGGCCUGUCUAAGGGCGGUGGCGGCUACAACAGCUACGGUGGUUACGGCGGCGGCGGUGGCUAUAACGCCUACGGAGGCGGCGGAGGCGGUUCGUCCUACGGUGGAAGCGACUACGGUAACGGCUUCGGCGGCUUCGGUAGCUACAGCCAGCACCAGUCGUCCUAUGGGCCCAUGAAGAGCGGUGGCGGCGGCGGUGGAGGAGGCAGCAGCUGGGGAGGUCGCAGUAACAGUGGACCUUACAGAGGUGGCUAUGGCGGUGGGGGUGGGUAUGGAGGCAGCUCCUUCUAAAAAUUUUUUAAUGCCUGGGAGUGGCUAUAGGGGUAGCUGUUUUCAACCACCCAACUAGGGUCGACUCCUAAGUCCUUUCCCCUCCCACCGCCUUCCCCAUUUUGCCCUUGGGGAAGCCACUUCUAAGGCUGUUCACCCUUGGGGGUGUUGCCCUGUUUGCCUGCCACCUCCCUUGUCUCCCUCUGAAGAUGGACUUGGCCCCACAUACACAUUUUUGUGUUACAGUCAUUGAUGGACUCUAUUUUUUUAUUAUUACUUGGACCUUGGUCGUUUUUAUACUAGCAAGAUGUCUUGUUUUAAUUUGUGUUUUUUUUGGGGGGAGGGAGUGAACUUGCUGAUUCUGUAGCAAAACCUGGGCGGGGGUUGGGCGGGUUAGUUUACUUUGUUGUAAGGACUUGAUAUCUGGCUACAGCGUUUUCUAUGAAAUCCCUUGGAUCCCAUGCCCGAAAUUUGGAAGCAUAUGUACAAAAAUCAUUUUUACGUUUUAUUUUUAAUAAAUCAUUGUGUUUGACCGUA